AUGAGGAUAGUUUUUGAUGCGAGCGCUAAGCUCAGAGAAGGCGCCAUUUUAAACGAUAAACAUCGAUAUUCCUCCCACAACAGAAAACCGGUAUUUCUUCCACAGCUGAUAAGCAUACUUCUCAGAUGGCAUACAUUCCCGACAGUGACUGUCGCUGACGUUGAGAAAGCGUUUUUACAAGUGAGCCUAAACAAAGCGACAGAGAUGUUACGCGCUUUCUGUGGGUGGGGGUUCACUGUUACCUCCUGUAGGAAGCAACGUGGAGACUUAUCGAUUGAUUCGAGUUCUUUUUGGCGUCAUUUCGAGUCCAUUCCUUUUAGCUGCGACAAUGAGACAUCAUUUAAAACAGCUGAAUACUGCUCUGUCUGUCCACAUUUUGGAAAGUCUGUAGGUGGACAACACGAUAGUAUCAGCAGAAGAUACGGAAGAUGCGGUACAGAAAUAUGA